AUGGCUGAGCAAAGCAGACUCUUUGAAGCGCACCAACAUAUGCUCCGACAAGCAUCGUAUGCGAUGCCCCAGCAGCACUACAAGCCGUUCGAAGAAAUUGCCGAGAACGACUGGCGCUACUACUUUCUGUCUGCACGCGAGGUACAGGAGUUGGACCUGGACGCGGUGUCCAAUGCGAUUACGUCGCUGAAGUUGGAGAGGAAGAUCCGAGACGUCGAGUCUCGGGUGGGAAGAAUGCUUUCCGACUGCUACGAGAGGUUGGAGCAACUGGACGUUGCUCACUUGUCUGAGCAAGAGUCAAAGCAGUCGGUCAAGAUGCUGACGGCAGCGAUUCGACCACCGCAGCUGAAGGCGGCUGUCGAGCGCAGUUAA